CGGCCCUCCGGGGAGCGAGGCUCACGCCUGAGGGCGGCUGUCCCUCCUCUGUCAGGCGCCGCUAUCAAUUUCUGCCAAGCGCGGUCGGGCACCAAGGCAGUCCUUGAGCUGCGGGGUGAUUUACACAGGCAUCGCUUACGCAACCUCUUUCUGAGGGCGCUGAAGCACAAUGAGGGGAAAAAAAAAAAAAAAAAAAAAAAAAAAAAAAGAAGUAUUUGGUUGGAGUUCUGAGCUGGUUUAAAAUGCACUCCCGACAUGGCCAACAGGACCAACUCGUCGGAGUACUUUUGGUCCUAUGAGUAUUACUGGGAUUACAUAGACCCGAUCCCGGUGGAUGGAAGGAAGCUGAAGGUUAAUAAAUAUUCUAUUGUCAUAGCCUUUUGGGUUGGACUUGCUGCCUUUGUGAUGUUUCUUUUCCUUAUUUUGCUGUAUAUGUCCCGCUCUGGAUCAAGUCCAGUGAAGACCAGCCAUCAGGGGUCCCUUCACUCUUGCUCCAGAACAAGUCAUAGCAAAGAUUCUGGUUUCCCCUUUAAAAAUCCAGCUAAAGAACUGGAUCAAGGGCUUAAGGGCUGGACUGAAGGUCUAAUGUUGAGUGAGGGAGUUCACCAAAUGUGGCUCACAGCUCACAAUUUUGCUGUUGGUCACACUCCAUUUGCAGACAGGUGAUUGUAGGGAACCGGGCAGAAGAAAGCAGUUCCAACAGCGAACAGCCUCACUGCGAUGACCUCAGCAGCCCACACACAGAUGCAGUUUCUCCUGGAACACCUAACUAACUGCCUUUCAGAUGAAACUGGCAUUCAUGGAAUACCUCUGCCUGAGCUAAAACUGGAACGGGUUAAACAGAAACAGCUAGAAAGUCCUCCUGAGUGUAGAGAAGAUUAGUUCCUUAGGCUGCAGCUGGAUUAGUUCAGGAAAAGAAGAAAAAUGUCUUUCAACAAAGACCCAAACUGAAGAACCCUGGAUGACUACAAGGCAGCACUAACCACUGUAUUGGAGCAAUGUUGCCGCAGUUCCCUGAUUAGAACAUUUUAGAUUCUGAUGAUGCUGAGUGCAAAUUUUCUCUCUCUUAAGUAAAGAUUUAAAAUCUUCUUUCAAUUACGAGGUGCAAAGGGUGUGCUGCCCGCUGAGUGAUUCUCAUUAACACCCAUUUGGCUGAGAGCAGAUUUGCUCCUCCAGCAGAGUGUAUAGCAGUUACGCCGCUUGUCCUGCAAAGAGUUCUGCUUUGCUUACCUGAGCGCGCACAGAGCCCUCUUAUCCUCAGGGGUGUCUCUGCAGAAUCAGCCUUCACUUGGUUUUCUUGCUGUGAAAGAAACCACCAACACAUUGAUCGGGCAGCACAACCAACCUUGUUUAUAGCCACAGUGACACAAGUCAUCUAUUUCUGUCUCUGUCCUCAGCUCGCAAUCUCAUCAAUUGCAUCUUAGAGGCAUCUCCCCUUGGCCAUCCUCUGAAAAAUAAGCAAUAAUGUCAAGUGCAACAUCAACAAUAAAACUUUGCUUUUGGAAGGGUUA